CGGACUAUUAAUGUGCUCCUUCAAGGCAUCUGAACUGACGAAGUGAGGAGUAGCUGGAAGAUGGCUCAAAUUGUACACCGUAUAUACGAUAGUACUAUAUAGACUGAUCCGCAAUACGGCAACAACAAAAAAAAUACUGACAAUUUUUUUUUUUCGCAAUACGGCAACAAGUAUUACUGAAGCAGACAAAUUUUGAAAAGCAAACUUCCAAACGCAUGAUCAGGCCAAUACUGACUAGACCAUGGCUACAUUCUCUCACGCCUCCCAAAUAUAUCUUCUCUCCAGAAGUUCUGGACCGUCGCUUCUCAUCCGUCCAACUGACCAAGGAAUUAGGCAUGAACUUGGCAAUGCAGCAAGACCCGGAGUUCGAUUAUCGUGCAUAUGCAAACAUGCUUCAAGAAUGCAUCACAAACUGUCAGUUUGCAUUGGGAAAGUCUCUUCAUUGCGAUAUUUUAAAGAGAGGUGGCAGUUUAGACCUUUACGGGUGGAACAUUUUGUUGAACUUCUACGCCAAGUCUGACUUUAUGCCUUGUGCUCACCAGCUGUUUGAUGAAAUGGAGGAUAGAAAUAUGGUUUCAUUUGUUACUUUGAUUCAGGGUUAUAUGCGACUGGAGCAUUACACUGAGGCUAGUGAAUUGUUUGUUAGAUUGCAUAGAGAAGGUCACGAGCUUAACCCAUUUGUCUUCACCACGAUUUUGAAGGUGCUGGUGAAUAUGGAGUGGACAGAGAUGGCUCGGAGCGUCCACUCAUGUAUUUAUAAGCUAGGUUAUGACUCAAACCCCUUUGUUAGCACGGCUCUUAUGGAUGCUUACUCUAUAUGUGGCCUUAUUAAAGCUGCUAGAGAAAUAUUUAAUGGAAUUCUUGGUAAGGAUUUGGUUGCAUGGACUGGAAUGGUUUCUUGCUAUGCUGAAAAUGGUUAUUUUGAAGAAGCACUUGACUUGUUCUGUAAGAUGAGAACGGCCGGAUGGAGACCAAACAACUUUACCUUUGCUAGUGUCAUGAAAGCUUGUCUUGGGUUAGAGGCAUUUACGGUAGGGAAGAGUGUCCACAGUUUUGCUUUGAAGACUAAUUAUUUGGUGGAUCCUUUUGUUGGUAUUUCCCUGCUUGACUUGUACACACAGGCUAGAGAUAUCAAGGAUGCUAGAUACAUGUUUGAGGAGAUACCAAAAUAUGAUGUAAUUCCUUGGAGUUUCAUGAUAGCACGAUACUCUCAGAGUGACCAGUGUGAUGAGGCUUUGGACUUGUUUCGUCAAAUGAGGGGAACAUCUGUUGUUCCAAACCAUUUCACUUUUACUAGCGUACUGCAAGCAUGCGCAACAAUGAGCGAGAUGGACCUCGGGAUGCAAAUCCAUUGCCAUGUAAAAAAAGUUGGUCUUGAUUCAAAUGUUUUUGUAUCAAAUGCCCUCAUGGAUGUAUAUGCUAAAUGUGGAAUGCUGGAAAACACAGUUCAGUUAUUUAUUACGGGCUCAGCAGACAAGAAUGAUGUAUCUUGGAAUACCAUUAUCGUUGGCCAUGUGCAAAUGGGCGAUCAUGAGAAAGCAAUGUCUCUGUUCAUGAAUAUGCUCGAACUCCAAGUGCAAGCUACUGAAAUCACAUACUCUUCCAUUCUGUGUGCUUGUGCCCGGCUAGCUGCACUAGAACCAGGCAUGCAAGUACAUGCACUGACUGAAAAAACCGUUUACAUCCAACAUGGUGCUGUUGGAAAUGCCUUGAUCGAUAUGUAUGCAAAGUGCGGGAAUGUUAGGGAUGCUCGUCUUGUCUUUGAUACUUUGAAUGUGCGAGACUUAGUCUCAUGGAAUGUUAUGGUCUCUGCAUAUUCCAUGCAUGGUUUAGGUAGUGAGGCCCUGAAAAUAUUUGAGACGAUGCGAAGCAUGGAUAUCAAACCUAAUCCCUUAACUUUUGUUGGUGUUCUUUCAGCAUGCAGUAACACUGGUUCAUUGGAUCUAGGAGAAAUGUACUUCUCCUCAAUGCGAGAGCAUUAUGGUAUUGAACCUAGUGUAGAGCAUUAUACUUGCAUGGUAUCACUUUUAGGGCGAUUAGGUCAUCUUGACAGGGCAGUCAAAAUGAUCGAGGAGAUUCCAUUUGAGCCCAGCAUUAUGAUAUGGCGUGCUCUGCUUGGGGCAUGUGUUCUCCAUAAUAACGUCGAACUUGGGAGAACUGCUGCAGAACGUGUUCUUGAGAUGGACCCACUAGAUAAUUCAACCUAUGUGUUAUUGUCUAACAUUUACGCCACUGCAAAGAAGUGGGGUAAUGUCUCAUUUGUCAGGAAAAGCAUGAAGAAGAAACAUAUAAAGAAGGAACCAGGACUAAGUUGGGUUGAAAACCAGGGAAUGGUUCAUUAUUUCUCUGUUGGAGAUGUUUCACAUCCUGAUAUUAAACUAAUUCAUGCAAUGCUGGAGUGGUUCAAUUUGAAAUGUAAGGCUGAUGGAUACGUUCCGAAUCUUGAUUCUGUUUUACUUGCUGUUGAGGAUGAUGAAAAGGCACAGCUUUUAUGGGUACAUAGUGAAAGGCUUGCUUUAGCUUUCGCUCUGAUUAGAACUCCGCAAAGUAGCCCAAUUCGUAUCAUUAAAAACCUCAAAAUAUGCAUGGACUGCCAUGCAGCAAUCAAAAUUAUUUCAGCCCUUGUGCACAGAGAAAUUAUUAUUAGAGAUAUAAACAGAUAUCAUCACUUCCAGGAUGGGAUUUGUUCUUGUGGUGAUUAUUGGUGAUACAGACUGCUUUUGGCUUUUUAGCAGUCACUGGAUGCCUUAUUAAUCCAUUGUAUAAUUGAAGCCUGUGAGUUCAGCUUGAAUCUAGGAUUCCAGAUCUGGCUAUGUGCUGAAAGUGGUAGUGCAUGAAUGCUUUCAUAAGGCGCUAUGAAAACAUUGGUCAAAAUCUGGACGAUCACCUGAGUGGACUGCUGUUCAUAUAAGCAAAAUGUUGUGAAAGUAUGAGAAACAGUCAGUCCAUGCAAUUUGGACGUGAUUUUCAUCAUUGGUCGUUUGGAACAAUCUCUUUGUACUUUAGUACAUUGGUAAGGCUGCGUACAUUCGAUCCACCUUACCCCACCACAGGUGUGAGACUUUGCGGCACUGAGAAUUUUCAGGGUCACUGUGUGAAAUGGGUGAUUGUCUUAUUGAAAAGACGUCAUUGAGUGAUGGCGAAGAAACUGGUAAAGCGUUACUCAAGCUUGGCAAAGUCCAGUUUCAGCUCCAGAAACUUGUAGAUAGUUAUCGUUCACAUAUUAACCAGAAAAUAUCAGUCCCAUCUGAGUCCCUCCUCAGUCCUCUCUGAACUACACAUUGUUGAGGACAUGAAGAGACAGUGUGACGAAAAAAGAGGAAUCUAUGAUCAAUUGAUCCAAAAGCAUACAGAAGGGGGGGGGGGGGGGUAGGGAAGCUGAGAGGAGCCAGCAGUGGGGAGCACUUUUCUUCUCAGCAACUGAAAGCAGCUUAUGAUGAAUAUGCUGAGGGAGCAAAUGUUUUUGUAUUUCGAAUGAAGUCUCUCCGUAAAGGACAAUCCUGCAGUCUUUUUACACAAGCUGCUCGGCACCAUGCUGCUCAGAUUUCACUCUUCCGGAAGGCUCUGAAAUGUCUUGAGGAGGUUGAGCCACAUGUCAAGUGGGUCACUGAGCAGCAACAUAUUGAUUACCACUUUGGUGGGCUUGAAGAUGAUAUCAAGGAUGAUGACGCAGUAAAUGAUGGUGAUGAUGAUGUUGAUGACUAUGAAUCUAAUGGGCAAUCUGAAUCACAUGAUGGGGAAUUGAGUUUUGAUCGCGUUCAAGGUGAACUUGAAUAUGUAGCCACCAACCCUAUGGAGUUGGAUAACACGGAUGUUACAUUUCCUCAUGUUCCGAGGUCUGAUUUAGCAAAGGUGCCUAGGUGGUCUAUUCUUGGCUCAUAAGCAACAGCAUUUGGAUCAGAAUUGACUUUGCAGUCGACUUGCCAAAAUGAAAAGGGACUAAAACCAUCAGUCACAUUAAAAUCAUCAUUUUCUGGUUUGUAUUCAACUUUCUUAUGAUUGUAAGCACUAAGCUAUUGUAGGCUGCAAUAAAAGAAGCAAAGUCAAAAGAGGGGGUAGAUGCGGAGCUUGCAACCCUCCAUUCUGGUGUAAUGGUAAAGUGCUUGCAAUGCAGGGCUGCAUACAAGUGUUGCAGUUUCUUUUGCAUUCUUCGGCCUCACGUUUUGACUCAUGGUGCUUUAUAUGCUAUAGAAUGGAAAAAAAGAAGCGGAUUCUGUUGGUGAUAAACUUCAAGGGGCUCAAUCUGAAGUUAAAUCGCUGUGGUCCUUGACACAAAGAAUGGCCCUAACCCAGAACGAAAUGAUUUGUUAUUGUGCUUUUUUGGAGAUUAGCUGGCUAUUUGUAGUGCGACAUGCUGCGAGAUUUAACUUGAAAUAGUAGCUUAUUCAUAUUCCAGGAAGAAGUUGUUCUCAAAAGAUGCUGGCUUGCUCGCUAUUGGGGUUUAGCUGCUCAGUAUGGCCAGUUUUUGCCUUUUGCAUAUUUUGUACUGUAAUUUGGUAUGAUGCGCAUGUUGAUUUUCAAUAUCGAUAUCAAUUUUAUAAUGUAAAAACACUAUAGUAAUUAUCUAAACAUAUCACCGUCUCGUGAUAUCUUACAUGCAAGUCUAUGAAGAAGAACUUACUGUGGUUGAGUGCUGCUAGCUUAUGUGGUUGAUCAUUGAGUGUUUCUCUCAUAGCUGAGACGUUGCGUGAGUAGAGCAGAGCAUAGGAGAGUAGUAGUGACACUUAUCAAAGGAAAGCUGAGUAUAUCAUUUUACAGUCUUUCAGGAGUUCUUGUUUCAGGGUUUAAUUUUGUGCCGGACUUGGAUCUUGAAGUUGAUUUGAAGUUAAGAUUGGAUUUAAGUUGAUUUUU